UCAUUUGACGUUUGUUCGGUUUCAAACGGUUCUUGCUCACCUUUGCUCUAAUUUGGUCACUCCUCUUACUACAAUCUCACCUACACCUUCGACAUUAAAAUAGAGCAUCUUAUUGAAGCACUUCCUUAACCGCUGACUAGGCCUUUCACCUUGUAUCCGCCACUGAAUAUAGCACAAUUCUUUUAAUUUUUUUUGAAUUAAAUAUCCCACAAUUAAUAAAAUGCAAGUGUCUAUCCAAUAAUCACCUGUUGUGCAUGCAAAAGGGCAAAGGUGUGGACAUACAGUACUUCUCAAUCCACCUUCAUUUUAUAAUUUUUUUCUUUUGCUUAUUUGCAUUUAGGUGAUUUUUCAGGACAUUUUGUAACGUAUAAUUGAACUCUUGUUGAGAACCGAGUUUAAUAGCGAUAUCCCAAGAGAAUGUUACGUUCUUCACGUAUAAAAGCGCUUGGGUAUCAUUUUAUUAGCACAGUUCUAUUGUGGAUUGUGUUGAGAAUAGUAGUAUAGGAAGUGCAGUAAAAAGGAUAUUUGGGAUUAAUUGCAAUGAUCAAUCAAAACCCGUUUUCCCCGAUUUCCCCAAUAAAAGAAAAUAGCGCGAAAGAGUCACAUUUAUUUCUCGAUGUGGCGCCAAAUUUAGAAAUUGAUGGGCUGAGUGAUUCGCCAACGGAAAAGGAAGUCAGGCAGAAAAUUCGGAGUGGUAGAUUCAGGACAGCAAUUUGGGGAUUCUUCUCUGAUUACUGUAACAACAGCACAAUCCACGGAGUUAGGUACCUAGGCGAGAGACGUAGGCCCUGGAUUGAAAGGGUUUGGUGGCUAGUGAUCUUCGUAAUCUCAAUUUCUGUAUGUUCUCUCCUAAUUUGGUCAUCCUGGAAGAAGUGGGAUGACACUCCAGUCAUUGUAACAUUUGCUGACAAAUCCACAUUUGUCUGGCAAAUACCAUUUCCAGCUGUUACUAUUUGCCCCGAAAUUAAGGUCAGGAGGGAAUCCUUCAAUUUUACAAAAGUUUUCAAGAAAGUAUUUAAAGAGAGAGAAAAUCUAACUUUAAUAGAAUACAAUUACAUGGAUAUAAUGUUGCAAAUAUGUCACUCUAGAAAAUAUUUGACUAAUCCACCUUUCGGAACUGAUAGAAUAACUGAGGAUUUUUCUGAUCAACUUAAAGAAAUAUCAUUGGUUAGUAAGGAUAUCUUUGCUGCCUGCUACUUUGGUGAGGAUAGUUUGUUGGAUUGUGUGGACAUCUUUACUCCUAUUCUCAUAGAAGAAGGUUUUUGUUUCACCUUUAAUACACUCAAUGCUUCAGAAAUCUACAAUCCUUCUGCCCUGCAUCCUGGAUAUGAGUAUCCUAUUCAAGAAUCCGAAUCAAAGGACUGGAAUUUAGAAGAAGGAUAUGCAACUUUGGAUUUAACAACGCAUCCACAACGAGCUUUGGGAGAUGGUGUACGGGCUGGAUUAUACAUAAUGUUGCAAUCUCCGGAAAAGGAUUUUGACUAUUUAUGUAGUGGAAUGGUACAGGGCUUUAAAGUCCAUCUACAUUCGCCUGACGACGUUCCUCAAAUAGCUCGUCAGUUCUUCAGUGUGCCACUUAAAAAGGAGAUUAUGGUUUCGGUUAAACCUAGUAUGAUUACAACAUCUGAAGGAUUAAGAACCUACAAUCCGAUAAGGAGACAAUGCUACUUCAACCACGAACGCCAAUUGAAAUUUUUUCGAAAUUAUACUCAAAAGAAUUGUGAAUUGGAGUGCUUUUCCCUAUUUUUGCUAAAGGAAUGUGGAUGCGUAAAGUUCCACAUGCCUCGAUAUGCUGAUACCCCAAUAUGUGGAUCUGGAAAAAUUUUGUGUUACCAGAAAUCCAUUGGAGAUUUAGUUUUAAAAACACUAGAGGAAAGUUUACAGAAUAACUACACAAAUUCAGACUGCAAUUGCUUACCGACCUGUACGUCGAUAGCGUACGAUGCGGAAAUAUCGCAGACUGAUAUGGACUGGGAUAAGCUGUUCGAAUCUUUGGAAUUUCCAAAAAGAUUCCUAGAAGGGUUUCAAUCUGCAACUCUGUCAAUUUUCUUCAAAGACUCCCAGUUUAUUACUUCUAGAAGGUCCGAGCUCUAUGGUCUAACCGAUUUUGUGGCCAAUUGCGGAGGACUUCUGGGACUCUUUAUGGGUGUCUCUCUCUUGAGUAUCGUUGAGAUUAUUUAUUUCUGCAGCAUUCGCUUAAUCAACAAUCUCAAGAUGAGAAGGACCAAAAUUCCGGUGAGAGUGAAACGAAGAAGUGCAAUAAAAAAGGGAUAUUUGGGAUUAAUUGCAAUGAUCAAUCGAAAACCGUUUUCCCCGAUUUCCCCAAUAAAAGAAAAUAGCGCGAAAGAGUCACAUUUAUUUCUCGAUGUGGCGCCAAAUUUAGAAAUUGAUGGGCUGAGUGAUUCGCCAACGGAAAAGGAAGUCAGGCAGAAAAUUCGGAGUGGUAGAUUCAGGACAGCAAUUUGGGGAUUCUUCUCUGAUUACUGUAACAACAGCACAAUCCAUGGAGUUAAGUACCUAGGCGAAAGACGUAGGCCCUGGACUGAGAGGGUUUGGUGGAUUGUGGUUUUCGUACUUUCAAUUUACACUUGUUUCGUUCUAAUUUGGUUAUCCUGGGAGAGAUGGAAUGAUAGUCCAGUAAUUGUAACCUUUGCUGAAAAAUCUACUCCAGUCUGGCAGAUACCUUUUCCAGCUGUUACUAUUUGCCCCGAAACUAAGGUUAAGAUGGAGUACCUCAAUUUCACAAAGGUUUUCAAUAAUUUUCUUGAAAACCCACCAGAAUACGCUAUGGAAAAUUUAACAUCAACAGAGAUACUACGCUUGGAAACCGUUUAUCAACUUUGCAACUUCAAUCUCUUCGGAGAUUAUAGCUUUGGCAACGACACAGGAAAUUCUAGUUAUUCCGACAACCUCAAAGAAAUAUCACUAGCCCUUGAAGAUGUCUUCUUCCGUUGCACUUGGCGAAAUAACAUUACAAACUGUGAAUCAUUCACCCCUAUCCUAACAGAAGAAGGUUUCUGCUUCACUUUCAAUUCCCUCAAUGCUUCCGAAAUCUACCGAUCAUCUGCCCUGCAUUCUGGUUAUGAGUACCCCAUUAAAGAGAAGAAAUCUGAGUAUUGGACACUAGAAAAUGGUUACGCAGAUCAAGCCCCAUUGGAAACCCAUCCACAACGAGCUUUGGGAGAUGGAGUUCGUGCUGGAUUGUACAUUUGGAUGAAGUUGGCAGAAAAGGACUUUGAUUACAUGUGCCGAGCAUCAAUGCAGGGCUUUAAGGUCCUGUUGCAUUCUCCUGAUGAGUUUCCUCAUGUAUCUCAGCAGUACUUUCGAGUACCCUUGAAUCAGGAAAUUACGGUUGCAGUUAAACCUAGUAUGUUUACAACAUCUGCUGGGCUUAGGGGUUAUGAUCCUGUAAGGAGACAAUGCUACUUCAGUCACGAACGAAAGUUGAACUUCUUUCGGAUCUACAAUCAAAAGAACUGCGAAUUGGAGUGUCUAUCGAAUCAUACUUUGGAUAGGUGUGGAUGCGUUAAGUUUUCCAUGCCUCGAGAGUCAGAUACCCCUAUUUGUGGAUCAGGAAUGGUUUGGUGCUACAGAGAAGCUGAAUAUGAACUUCUAAUGAUAAAGAUGGAGGAAGAUCUUGAAAAGGACAAAACUGAGAGUAAAUGCAAUUGUUUGCCCGCAUGCACAUCUAUUGAAUACGAAGCUGAGACUUCUCAGACAGAUGUAGAUUGGGAUAAAUUAUUUCAAGCUGCAGGAGUUACGGAAAGCUUCUUCGAAGGGACUCAGUCUGUAACUCUAUCUAUCUUCUUCAAGGAUCCGCAGUUUAUCACCUCCAAAAGGUCCGAGCUCUAUGGUCUGUCCAAUUUUGUGGCCAAUUGCGGAGGACUUCUAGGACUAUUUAUGGGUGUCUCUCUCUUGAGUAUUGUUGAGAUAAUUUAUUUCAGUACCAUUCGCCUAUUCAACAAUCUCAGGAUGAGAAGACGGUCGAAGAACUUGACGUCAAGUUCAAAUAUCAUCAUUCACAAACCAUCCAAAGCUCUUGUCUAAAAUAAAAUACUAAUGCAAAUGCAUCCCCCUUUUAUCAGAUUCCAGUGUUAAGUGAAAAUUUCCACAGAUAAGAUGUAUAUAUGGAUCACAUUUGAUAACCCAAAUUGAUUAACUUCCCAAAGAUCGGUUAAUUAUUUUAAAGUGCACAUCUGGCA